AUGCUUAUGGAAAUUCCUCGCAUAGAUUAUAAUAGGGCUGUAACAUCUCCUGGCCCUACGCCUGUUCCUACGCUUGAACCUUCUGCUGCUCCAUCUCCAGUGCUUUCUCGUUCACCAUCUCCAGUUCCUGUUCCACCAGCAGUUUCUGAACCUCCAGCUCCUUCUCGUUCAGUCCCUGUUUCAGCUCCCGACGCCCCUCCAGUGUCUGUUUCGUGGAACGAUUCGAGCCUCUCCCCAAACCACGCUUCAUCCCCUUAUGUUCACCAGCUCCCAGGUUAUCUUCCUCCCUUCUCACCUCCCUACCACGCACCCGUUGCUCCAUAUCACGCUCCUGCUUCUUCUGGGUUUGCUUUACCUCCGCAAGAUACAUAUCUAGGCGCGCCGUUAUAUGAUGCGCAUGUGUCUCGAGAAGUGCUUCUGGGAGCGAGAAAACGCCAUAGUCGAGACAAAAGGGAAAGGAAAGAGAGAAAAAUGGAAAGGAAGAGGAAGGAGAAAGAAAGGAUCAGGAAAAGAGAGGAAGAUAUCAGGAAAAGAGAGGAAAAGAUCAGAAAAAGAGAGGAGAAAGAAAAGAUAAGGAAAAGAGAGAAGAGAGAGAAAAGGGAAAGAAAACGGGCAGAGGAGAAACGAGAAAAAGAAAGAGCAGCCCUUAUGCCGAAGCGGAGGAUGCCCAUGAGGCCCGUCAAUAAGUCCACGAGACAAGCCAUCGGGUCUCCAAACGCCGAAUCUGAGUGCCGGGGGUCCUCUCCCCAGGCAUCGUGCGUGCAAAAGCAGCCUCCCUGCUCGCGCUCUUUGGUUUCACCCCGUCCCUCUGGUUUCCAAAGACGCCACGAACACCCCGGUCCAUGUCCGUCAUAG